GUCGGUUUUACGAGUGGAAUGGUUCUACCGUGGUAGAACCAGUUUCAUGCCGGUUAUGCCGGUUUGUGCCGGUUUUACCAAAAUUGACCAACAAAAUGGAGAUUUAAGAACAGAGUUGUUUUCCCCCGGUGGAAUUCUUUUCAGCUUCUUAAUUAUGCUUCUGCAUUCAGAGACAAUUCUCCCACGAAGUGAAGAACCCUGAGGCGAAUGUUUAUCUCUGCAAGUUACCUGAGGCGAGGAAGAAGGUGGCGAAUUGAGGCGUCAGAGGAGGAAGGGCUGCUGUUUCGUGCCUCGCCGGAGGUAUUUCUGCUGGCGAAUCGAGGCGUCGGAGGAAGGGCGGCUGCUGUCGAGUCGAGCCACCUCGUACCGGUUGCUGUGGAAUCGAGGCGUCGGAGGAAGGGCGCACCGGAAGGAGGCCACGCCAAGCCGCGCCGGAAGGAGAAGGAGAAGGAGGCCUCGCCGGAAGGAGAAGGAGGCGAUCGGAUGGGUCGGCUGGAUCGGAAGGAGGUGUUGCUCUUGCUCGGCUGCGGGAGAAGAAUGGGUCGUCGCGAUUUGUUGCUCGGCUGCGGAAGUGAAACCCUACAAUUAACAGCAAAACGCGAUCGUUUUUAAUUUUUUUUUUUUUUAAACAAAACGUCGUCGUUUGUGUCAUUUGGCCGGCAUCUCUCAUACCGGUUGAACCACCGGAAUUCCCGGUUUUGACCGAUUUUGACCGGCUUUGACUGGAGGGUUGUGCCGGUGGUAUUCCAGCCGGUUUCAUGACCGGCACCGGUUGGACCUGGUUCAACCGGCCGGCAUACCACUGGCAUGACAACCAUGGCUCAAGGGCUCAAGAUAGAGUGCAUAACCACCAAUCAAUAACCAAAUCUGAAGCAUUCAUUUAAAAAAUCCAGAUCUAAGAAUGAAGAAUUAAAGACAAUUUUUAUUUUUCCUAGCUUUCUUAAUUGACUCAUAUCUUUUUCGUUUUAACUCGGAUUUUAAUUUUUUUUGCACAGAUGGAACGAGUUCACCGUGCUCUACAAAAUGAGAUCAAUUUUCAAUAUUUUUUUAGAAAAAAAAAUUCUGACAUCUCGAUACCAACUGCAUACCAUAUGGUAUCUUCUUUGUUUUUAAUUCGUUUUUGAAAACGUUUGCACAGAAGGAACGAGUUCAUCAUGAUCUACUGGAUCUACAAAUUUCUGGGUGAACAAAUUACAGGACCAAAAAAUACCACACAAUACCAUACAAUACUACCCUGGUACGGGGUGGUAUUGUAUGGUAUCUUCUUAGUUUUUAAUUCGUUUUUGAAAACGUUUGCACAGAAGGAACGAGUUCAUCAUGAUCUACUGGAUCUACAAAUUUCUGGGUGAACAAAUUACAGGACCAAAAAAUACCACACAAUACCAUACAAUACCACCCUGGUACGGGGUGGUAUUGUAUGGUAUCUUCUUAGUUUUUAAUUCGUUUUUGAAAACGUUUGCACAGAAGGGACGAGUUCAUCAUGAUCUAUUGGAUCUACAAAUUUCUGGGUGAACAAAUUACAGGACCAAAAAAUACCACACAAUACCAUACAAUACCACCCUGGUACGGGGUGGUAAUGUGUGGUAUACAAUGUUAAAAGUCGUAAAUUACAAUUAAUAUACUUCUACUAUCAUGUAUUCAAUCAUCCUACAGUCUUGGUUUGUUCAUACCACCAUGGUACGUUUUUCAAAACAUAGGUAUGCUUUUAUUUCAAUACCAGUCAAUACCAUAUGGUAUAGACUGGUAAAAAAUGGCUCAAAUUUUUUUGUUCGAAAAAUAUAUUAAAGUGGAUAUCAUUUUGAAGAGCACAAUUAAUCUGAUCUAACUGUGCAAAAAAAUUAAAUUUCAACUUAAAAUGAGCGAGAAAUCGUCCGUCAAAGAUUAAAGAGGGAAAAAUUAAAGGUUUUCCAGGAGAGAGAGGAUGCUGAUGUCAUGCUGAUGUGGACGGGUUACUCAUGGUUACUCACCAUAAGGUUACUGACCUGAUCCAUUCCCAGGCUCAAGAUAGGGUGCAUAACCAUGGGUUAUGCACCCAUCAAUAACCAAAUUUGGACCUUUCAUUUAGAAAAUCCAGAUCUGAGAAUGGAGAAUUAAAGACCAUUUUUAUUUUUCCUAGCUUUUUUAAUCGGCUCAUAUCUUUUUCGUUUUAACUCGAAUUUUAAUUUUUUUUGCACAAAUGGAACGAGUUCAUCUUGCUCUACAAAAUGAGAUCAAUUUUCAAUAUUUUUUAAGAAAAAAAAAAUCUGGCCUCUCAGUACCAACUGCAUACCAUAUGGUAUUUUCUUCGUUUUUAAUUCGUUUUUGAAAAAGUUUGCACAGAAGGGACGAGUUUAUCAUGAUCUAUUGGAUCUACAAAUUUCUGGGUGAACAAAUUACAUGACCAAAAAAUACCACACAAUACCAUACAAUACCACCAUGUAUUAUGGUAUUUUCUUCGUUUUUAAUUCGUUUUUGAAAACGUUUGCACAGAAGGGACGAGUUUAUCAUGAUCUAUUGGAUCUACAAAUUUAUGGGUGAACAAAUUACAUGCCCAAAA